AUGACGAGAGGAUAUUCAUUAGAACAAGAUUUAAGAUUAUUAAUAAAUAAUCCAAAGUAUAGCGAUAUAGAAAUUUUAUGUGAAGAUGAAAAGAAAUUAUAUGCUUGUAGAGCAAUUUUAGCUGCAAGAUCCGAAGUAUUUGAUAGAUUACUUUAUAAUGGAAUGAAAGAAAGUUAUGAAAAUCAAAUUUCUUUUCCAAAGAUUAAUUCUGCUGGAAUGGAAAUAAUAUUAGAAUAUACUUAUACUGGUUCAAUCAAAAAUGAUUUAUUAACAAAAGAUAAUAUAAUUGAAUCAUAUUAUGCAGCAGAUUAUUUUCAAUUAUCUGACCUUCAGGAUCUUAUAAUGAAAACUGUUAAGAAAAUUUUAAAAAAAAAAUACGCAGAAAAUUUUUCACCAGAAUUAUUAUCUAAAGUUGUAGAAAUUAUGCCUUUAUCAGAAGAUAAUAUUCUUCUUAAAUUAUUGGUUGAAACUGUUGCAACUAUUCCAUUAAAUAGUAUUGAAUUUAACCGUUUAUCUAUUACAGCAUUACAAUAUCUUUUAUCUUGUACAUAUGAAAAAGAAAUGGAUUUUGCUACUCCAGAAUAUGAAGUUUUUCGUUAUAGUGCUAUUCUUGCAGCAAACCAAGUUUCUGAUGAUGCAUAUAAUUCUAUUGUGGAACGGUUACCAACCUUAGAACAGAUAAAAAAUUCAUUCCAAGUAAAAGAUAAGUCUAUUGCUGAUCAUCAAAAAGUUGCCGAAGAAUUGAUACCUUUGAUUAAAUUUAUCGAGUUUAGAAGGAUCAAAGGUCAAAUGUUGGUUAAUAUUAUCGAACCAUUAGAAAUUAUUCCGGCCGAAGUGGUUGUAAGUGCUUAUCGAUAUAAAGCAUUAUCAGAUAAAUCAGAUUUAAGUGACGUUCGAGGAAAACCAAUACGUGAAUUUAAUUAUGUUUGGGAUGAGACAGCAUGUGGAUCAAAUCUUAUUAUUGAGGAUAAUGGACAGAUUGUACAAGCAGAAAAUUACCGUAAUUCACACCAAAAUGUUAGAGCUAAAUUUGCAUUAGAAGAUGAGGAUAUUUUUGAAUGGGAUGUCAUUAUUGAGAAAACUUGUGAUUAUGCCUGGGUUGGAGUAUGUGCAUCAGAAGACUUUAAUUAUGAAAUUUGGGCAGGAGAACAACCUACUGGAUGGGUAUUAGGUUCUGGUGGUGAUUGUAGCAAUGCUGGUAUAGAAAUAAAUUAUUGUCCGCCAUUUGGUGAUGGUUCAAAAGUUACUGUUCAUUUAGACAUGAAUAAGAGAACUUGUGCUUUUACGGUCGAUGGUACAAAAUAUCCGAAGGUAUUAGAAUGGAAUAAUCUACCUUCAAAACUUUAUCCAGUAGUAUCAUUAAUACACCCUGGUCGCUUUCGAAUUCAACCUCAUCAAGAAAAUUAA